AUGUUGGGCUAUCUUGUCUUGGGACUUGUGGCAGCUGCCCUCCUCGUUCUCGUUGCUUUGUACCUCACCAGGACCUCCACCUCAAGUGCCUUCUUCAGGCACCUCGUGAAGUUUAAGAAGAAUCCGGAGCGACCAGCAAGACGAACCACCGAGAGACGAGAUACUUCCGCAAACACAGGGACAUACUUGUGUAAAUUAGAUUCCAGGGACGUGGAGACGGGCCUCGUGUCAUGGGGCCGCGGCAGAGGCUUGGAGGGCCAGGCAGCCGUCAUGAUCUCGCACUCGCUCCCAGAUCUGUCUCACUCCGUCUCGCAGGAACAGCUCCUUCCCGUCGACAACAAGAAGGUCGCCCGCCAAACGACCCUCCCCACUGUCCCUCAACGCCACGCGAGUUUCCAGCGCCAGCUCUCCCAACGCCUCCACCUCGACAGCAUCCAGUUCUCGGUCUGCAACCUUGAAAAGAAGGAUGACCUCGGCUUGCUGAAGCCUGAACUGUACAGGAACGAGCUCAUCCGCCAGGCGUCCGUCGAGAGUUCCGGCGCAGGAUCGGACACGGAGGCGGUCGGGCGUCUGCGGUUCACGCUGAAGUACGACUCGGCGAUCGAAGGCCUCAUCGUCAAGGUGGUCCAGGCCCUCGACCUCCCGGUGAAGGACGUGACCGGCUCCUCUGACCCGUACAUCAAGGUCUACCUCCUUCCCGAUCGCAAAAAGAAGUUCUGCACGAAGGUUCAUCGGCGCAACUUGAACCCCGAGUUUAAUGAGGUGUUCGUCUUCAGCGUGACGUGGGCGGAGCUGCGUGACCGGACGCUCCAGUUCAGCGUGUACGACUUCGACCGCUUCAGUCGUAACGACCUCAUUGGGCAGGUCGUCUUGAAGGGCGUGACGGAGCACUGCGAUCCUGAACAAGAGAUGGAGUACUUGAUGGAUAUCCUCAACACCAAACAUGAUUCUCGAGAUCUUGGCGAACUGAUGCUGAGUCUGUGUUAUCUCCCGACGGCCGGGCGCCUCACCGUGACUGUUAUCAAGAUGAGGAACUUGCGUGCCAUGGACAUCACCGGCUCUUCAGACCCGUACGUGAAAGUGUGUCUCCUGUGCCAAGGUCGACGCAUCAAGAAAAAGAAAACAACAGUGAAGAAGUCGACCCUCAACCCCGUGUAUAACGAAGCCCUGGUGUUCGACAUCCCCAACGACAACAUCGAGGACGUCACUCUGCUCGUCAAGGUCGUCGACUACGAUAGAAUCGGCGCCAACGAACUCCUGGGCGUGACGGUGAUCGGGUCGCAGGUCAUCGGGCCGGGGCGUGACCACUGGCUCGAGAUGCUGGAGUGCCCCCGCCGCCCCGUCACCCAGUGGUACCCCCUGAUGGAGAGCGUGCCCCUCAACCUCGUGACGUCACCCACCCGCUCUCUGCCUCCACCUCUCACCUGCUUCAAUUCCACUGACCAUGAUCUAACCAGAUUAAGGUUCUGUCACACUAAUCAUUCCCAGCCGAGGGUGUUAAUGAGAUUUCUGAAGGUGGGGGUGGGUGCCCCCCUCGCCUUUAAGGAUUGCAUCACCAUCAGUGUACAAAGUUUAGAUGCACUACACAAAUGGAUAAAAGAUAUACUGUCCAAUUUCCUGUACAUUCAGACAAUUUGGUCUUAUAAUUUAUGCCUUGCAGAAGUCAGCUGA